UGCCGAAGAUGUUGAGAGUUGCAUCACCUCUCCUGUUGACUGGUAUAUUCUCCCUCAGCAUCACUCAUCCCUUUCUCCUUCAUGAAAAGCGGGAAACCGAAACUCUUCAUGCAAUUAAGGCAGUAAUGGAAACAGGAUCAGACCCUCGAUGCUCCGUUUUCUGUGUUGCUGAUGGUCACCCUGAUUCUUCCUUUGUCUUGAGGGAUUUUAUGAAAUCCUGGGCUUCCGGUGGUGUGUCCUUGUUCGAGGUGCCAGUGGAUGGCUUGGACCCUAACAUGACACAGAUUCAGUUCUCUCUGGUGGUCUACAAGGCUCGACAGCAACAGCUGCGGCAGGUGUCGUGGUGCGUGACGGUGGUGGUGGUGAGCGACGACCUCGCCUUCCUCGCCGCCUUCGCCCAGUGGUCCCUCAAGGGACGCCUGCUGGUGUGGUCGACUAGGCUUCUCGCCGUCACCCGCCUCCCUCUCCGGCACCUGCAGGUCCUCCACGGGACCUACUCCAAGACUAACUCCAUGUUGCUUAUUGUGGAAGAUAUUCCCCUAAUUACCAGGUGCAGAAUCUACAUGUACCUGCCCUAUACCUCUCCAGGGGACCCGCCAGUUCUACUCGCCUCCUGGACACCCGAGCUUGGUCUCACUCUCACCACCAACAUUUCCAUCUUUCCUGACAAAUACACCAAGUUCAGGCAACAGCCGACGUUGCUAGCAGCGACUGGACCGCUAUAUUACAAGCAAGAGAAGAAGGCCCGCAGUGAGGGGCGCCGUAUAAACGAUAUGUUGGACUACUUGGCUCAAGGAAUGAACUUUUCGAUAGUCACCAGAUGCCACGUCAUCCUAUUACUAACACUUAUGAUACCACAGGUUGCAUUAAGAAAACGUGAUCUGGAGAUACAACGUGAACACGAUAAGAAGCAAGCCGAUAAUGCUCUAGAAUACCGUAGAAGAGAACUCGACUUGGAAAUAGCACACCUCACUCGGCGCCAACAAACAGCCAGUCCUCCAGCAAGCUUUAGCAUCUUCCAGGCAAUUGAGGAAUUCUUUCGACGUGUUCCUGCUCCCAUCCGACUUCACUUAGCAGACAAAGAGGAAACCGACGUCAUCAGAUGUGUGAAGUCUGCUGACACCUACAGUCUUAUACACAUGUUAACAGCUGACACAUCUUCCAGUGAGAAGUCUUGGUCUGAUUAUGACAAGGAAGCAGACAUCGCCAUUGGACCGUUUGGUUUGACUGAGAGCCGCACGGAAGUAGUGGACUUUACUUGGCCAAUCACCAUACAGUAUUCCGUGAUCAUUGGUGCUCGAGGACAGCCGGUGAUAGAUCCUUGGGGCUUCGUGGUGCCCCUUGAGCCCAUGGUGUGGGUGGCCAUCCUGACGACACUGUUGAUGGUGUCUGUAAUGAUGGUGCUGGCGUCGUUAUGUUCCUCAAUCAGGACUGAUAUAGUGCACACCUGGGAGAAGGACACUUUUGACUUGAGUCGAAUAUUAUUACAACAAGACUACAGAGCAUCGGCUAUCGUGGGGUGGAGGCGGCUGGUGUUGCUCUCAUGGAUGACUCUGGCUCUAGUUGUAAGCAGGAGCUACCAGGGCGACCUGAUGUCAGGCCUGGCCGUGAGGUAUAUCCACCAGCCCUUCCAGACCAUACGAGACGUCCUUGAUCAUCCCUCCAUAACCAUGCUGUGGCAGACGAACUCCACCAACGUCCAGUACAUUCAUUCUUUGGAGUCUGGCAUCUUCCGCGAGGUAGCAGAGGCUGAGGCCAAGGGCCGCCUCAAGUACAAGCUGCUGUCUGAGUUUCCUCAGGCACUAAGCACUUUAGUGAGGCGUGGAGACCACGUCCUCGUGGAUCUGGAGAACGUCAUAACCUUGAUCAUCGGGCAGUACUUCACUCGCACAGGACGUUGUGAUUUUUACUCCUCAAGAGAGAGGUUUCUCCCAAUAGUGCUGUCCGCGAUCGGUAAGAGGGACAGUCCCCUAGUUCCUUCCCUCAGUAAAAGAAUCAUGUCGCUGACAGAAGCUGGACUUUACAACAAGUGGUUCAAUGACAAUGUCCCAAAUGGUACGUCUUGCGUUCACCCUCCUAGCAAGAUCACAGUCAGCACCCCGCACUCCAUCAGGAACCUCUGGGGUAUGUUUGUUAUCCUCAUAUGUGGUUAUCUUCUUGCUGUGAAUGUUAUGUGCAUCGAGGUAAUUGUUCAUCACUGUGCCUCAAGGUCGUCAGUCAACACUUUGGUUUAAGGUGAUUAGUCAAAACUAUACUUCAAGGUCCUCAGUCAACGAAGAUUAUAAUUCAAACUUCGGCAGAAGAAGUUGAACGUCUUUAAUCUCUCGUUACUUUUCAUCAGAAGUAAAAGUCUGCUCAUUAAACGGUUUAACAAUUGCAGUGUAUGUUUGUGGAACUGUAUUAGAGCAAAAUGCAGCAGAAUCUAACUGGCUUUACUCCUAUACACGGAAGAGCAUAUCAAAUUAAUUAUUCUUAUGAAACAUAGUAGAAACUAGUUAAAUAUGAAAAAGCAAAUAGUGUUUCCUACGUCAGUGAUAUCGUCAAUGACAUGACGGAAUCAGAGUUACACAUCUGUGCGGUCAGGCGAGAAAUUUCCUUCCGCAGCGCAGAGUUUAGCUAGGGGUAUAGGAAAGAUCUCAUACGGCAUCAACUCAACACGAAGAAGGAAGCCCUCCAAACCCUUACAGAGCAAGCUGAAUAUCAGUUAAUCAAAUGGACCCAGUACGACAUCCCCAACCAACUCAAACAAAACAUCAACAGUGAACUAUCAAGCCUAAAACAACAACACAAAACUCAUGUCGAUACGAGGACACUCCGAAAGCCGACAGCCCUCAUUAUGACAGCCUUAUCGACUAAUUUGAUUUCAUUUCAAUAUACUCUUAAUAAUAAAUGUGCAAA